UUGAAAGAUUGAAAGAAAAAAAUGUAAAAUAGGCCGAGCCCAAUCAACCUCUAAAAUUAAAAACUUAAACCUUAAAUCUUAAACCCUAACUCACUGUUUUAUCUUCUUCUUUUUUCUUCUAAAACAUACAAUAGACACAACAUCCUCAAACCCGUCGAGGAACUGCGAAAAAUGGUGAAGUACUCAAGGGAGCCUGAUAACCCUACAAAGUCUUGCAAAGCCCGGGGUUCAGAUCUGAGGGUUCAUUUUAAGAACACCAGGGAAACAGCUCAUGCAAUUAGGAAGUUGCCUUUGGGAAAGGCUAAAAGGUACCUUGAGGAUGUUCUUGCUCACAAGCAAGCAAUUCCCUUUCGACGGUUUUGUCGUGGAGUUGGUCGUACUGCUCAAGCAAAAAACCGCCAUUCAAAUGGUCAAGGACGAUGGCCUGUCAAAUCAGCUAAGUUUAUCCUUGAUUUGCUGAAAAAUGCAGAGAGCAAUGCAGAAGUUAAAGGUCUUGAUGUGGAUGCACUAUAUGUUUCCCACGUCCAGGUGAAUCAAGCUCAGAAGCAGAGGCGCCGUACCUACCGUGCUCAUGGAAGAAUUAAUCCAUACAUGUCAUCACCCUGCCACAUUGAGUUGAUUUUGUCUGAAAAGGAGGAGCCAGUUAAAAAGGAGCCUGAGACACAGUUGGCUGCAAGGAAAUCCAAGAGCUCAUAGGCGUGUGGUGCUGUUUGUUCUUGAAAGUAGUGACUUCAGAAUGUUUGCAUCAUUUGUUUGCUUUAAUUUCUAUCAUCGUGUAAUCAAUUUUGUGGUACACAAUUUUACUUUGAGACGCCUCUAUGAUAUUAUUAGUCAUCAUGUUAUUAAUCAUU